ACGGCGCAGGUUUCAAGUUGGGCGAGGACCAUUGACGAAGAAGAGCUCGAGGACGACGAUGUGGAGGAAGUAAUUCUGGAGAGCCACGACGCCACCGAGGAUGAGGAGGGUGGCGGCAGCCACGACGCCGAGGCGGGUGCCUCAUCCCAAACUGGUACGAAAAAAAGUAAACCUGAACUAAUGGCUAAUAAUUUUUCUAAGUGGAAGGACCCGAACACCGGGAAUUGGAUCACAACUUGCAAUUGGUGCAAGAAAAAUUAUAGCUUGGGGCAGUCCGGCGGAUACGGAUCCGCCGCAAGGCAUCUUAAGGCCAAACACCCGGUGGAAUAUGCAAAAUUAGGCGGCGGAACGGGGAAGCAAACUCAAAUAUCGAGGUUUGCAAAUAACCAACAAGCUUUUGGUAAUUUAUCAUACAAUGAUGCUCAAAAUUUGAGUGUCCAAUGCCAAUGUAUGAGGACAACCCAAUUGAUCCGAAAAAGGAAUACAACGAGAUGAUGAGUUUGAUGUUCUAAACUGGUGGAAGGGAAAAGAAAGAAUGUUUCUGGUUUUGGCAAAGAUGACUAAGCAAGUGCUAUCAAUGCCGGUUUCAACAGUUACGGUGGAACAAGAAUUUAGUUCGGCUGACAAUAUCCUAACAAAAUGUAGAACGAGGUUGAGCGUGGAAUCUUUUGAAACGCUCAUAUGCUACCACGAUUGUUUGAAGGCGGCCCGUAGAGCUCAAGAAAUGAACAUUACUC